GGCCCUCCCGUUCCUAAACCCAACGCGUCCCCCAACAACUCACCCCGACCCGACCAGUUCGUCAGUUUCUCGUCGUCGGCCACUUCGUCUCCUUCCGCCGCCGCCGCUUCCAUUUCCUCUCCCUCCAGAGCUCCAGAGUCCUUUCAGACUCUGACCUCAGUCAUUCGAUUUCUCCCUACAUGCCCAGAGCCAAGUAGAUCCCCACCAGCGCACGAAUCCCGAGACAGACCCUGGUGCGCGGCCGGCCAUGGCGUCCGUGGCGGACCUCAAGGAGAAGCACGCGGCGGCGACGGCCUCGGUGAACUCUCUGAGAGAGAGGCUCCGUCAGCGGCGGCAGCUGCUCCUCGACACUGACGUUGAGAGGUACUCGAAGGCGCAGGGGCGGACAGCGGUGAGCUUCAACCAGACGGAUCUGGUGUGCUGCCGCACGCUGCAGGGCCACAGCGGGAAGGUAUAUUCUCUUGAUUGGACUCCUGAAAAGAACUGGAUAGUCAGCGCCUCGCAAGAUGGAAGAUUAAUUGUAUGGAAUGCUUUAACAAGCCAGAAAACACAUGCCAUAAAACUGCACUGUCCAUGGGUGAUGACAUGUGCUUUUGCACCCAACGGUCAAUCUGUUGCCUGUGGUGGUCUUGAUAGUGCAUGUUCUAUAUUCAAUCUUAACUCACAAGUAGACAGAGAUGGGAACAUGCCGGUGUCAAGAAUACUUACUGGACACAAAGGCUAUGUUUCAUCCUGUCAGUAUGUCCCAGAUCAGGAAACCCGGCUAAUUACCGGUUCAGGUGACCAAACGUGUGUCCUGUGGGAUGUUACUACUGGCCAAAGGAUAUCAAUAUUUGGAGGUGAAUUUCCAUCAGGGCAUACAGCUGAUGUGCUGAGUUUGUCCAUCAACCCGUUAAACACAAAUAUGUUUGUCUCUGGUUCAUGUGAUACGACUGUAAGACUUUGGGAUCUCAGAAUUGCAAGCCGGGCAGUUCGAACAUAUCAUGGACAUGAGGGUGACAUUAACAGUGUCAAAUUUUUCCCUGAUGGGCAGAGGUUUGGUACUGGUUCAGAUGAUGGUACAUGCAGACUAUUUGACAUGAGAACAGGGCAUCAACUUCAAGUGUACAACAGGGAGCCAGAUAGAAAUGAUAAUGAGCUCCCUAUUGUUACUUCAAUUGCAUUUUCUAUAUCCGGGAGGCUUCUUUUUGCUGGAUACUCUAAUGGUGACUGUUACGUGUGGGAUACACUUCUUGCUGAGGUGGUGCUUAAUUUGGGAACCCUUCAGAACUCUCAUGAUGGCCGUAUAAGCUGCCUUGGGCUGUCAUCUGAUGGGAGCGCAUUGUGUACAGGAAGUUGGGACAAAAAUUUGAAGAUUUGGGCUUUCAGUGGACACCGCAAAAUAGUUUGAAUGGCAGUUUUCUCCCAGGGUUGUGUGUUCCUCAUUGUGUGUUGAGAACUCAACAGGAUCCGGAAGAUGUAAGUUGUUUGUUUUGUAGUAUAGAAUCUUCUGUAUCAUACCUUGUCCAACUGAAAAUGCAGUCUGUUGCCCGAGGCUUACCUGGUUAAGUCAGCGUUCUGUUCAUAGAGUUACCAGAAAUCAGCAUCCACGUCAUCUUUUCUGCCCCUUCUCUGUACAAUUAUUUUAGCUGUAGAGAAGUACUACCUUAAUUGGCUUGUGUAAACUAUCAUCAGUUUGUUCGUUCCUCGAGCAAGGAUUAUCAUCCGCAUUUUCUCUGUGCA